AUGGGCCAUCACUCGUGCUGCAACAAGCAAAAGGUGAAGAGAGGGCUUUGGUCACCGGAAGAAGACGAAAAGCUCAUCAACUACAUCAAUACAUAUGGCCAUGGAUGCUGGAGCUCUGUUCCCAAACAUGCAGGCAUAUAUAUCGGUUUGCAGAGAUGUGGAAAGAGUUGUAGAUUAAGAUGGAUAAAUUAUCUAAGACCUGAUCUUAAACGUGGAAGCUUCUCACCUCAAGAAGCUGCUCUUAUCAUUGAGCUUCAUAGCAUUCUUGGUAACAGGUUAUGGGCUCAAAUUGCUAAACAUCUACCUGGAAGAACAGAUAACGAGGUCAAAAACUUCUGGAACUCAAGCAUAAAAAAGAAGCUCAUGUCACACCAUUAUCACCACCAUCAUCAUCAUGCCUCUUCAAUGGCGAGUUUGCUCACUAACCUUCCUUAUCACAACGUAUUCAACGCUACUCCUGGCCACGAUGAAGGUUCAAGAUUCAUGUCCAAUAUCAUCACUAACCCUAAUUUCGUCACUCCAAACCACCUCCCUUUUCCUUCUCAUCAUGUUAUGACUCCACUGAUGCUCCCAUCUAGAGAAGGAGACAUCAAGUUUCUAACCACUACCAACACAAACCAACCUCAUCAUCAAGAUAAUAACCUUUACAACAACCUCGACAUUUUAUCAGGCACACCAUUCAUAAACAAUCAUCAUCAUCACCAUCAUGAUAAUGAUCCCCAAUGGCCAUCACUACCAGAUCUCCCAGCGAGUACCAUCUCCACGUUCCACGAUUAUGACGAUGGUGAUAAACUCAACGUGUUUGUAACACCAUACAACGAUAAUGGUGAUCCUCGGAGCUUCCCAUUGGUGGCCACAAAGUUAUUAUGUGGACAAGUUCUUGAAGGCAAAGCAAUUUCACAAGACCACGGCCUUCUUCUCCCAACAACGUACGAUUUUCAAAUGUCUGGUGAUCAUCGACGAGUGGACUCAUCAUCAUACACUAAUCACAUGAUCAUACCAUCAUCAUCAUCCUCUUCAUCGCCAAUCUCUUGUGGACAGUACGUCAUCACUUAA